UAAUGACAUAAAUUGUCACAAAUGUCUAUUUUUAGGUUAAAUAAAUUGAAAUUGAAAUCCAGAAAUUUUUCAACUGAGCUGUUAAAAUUUGUUCCCAAGUAUAGUGCAGUGUCACAAGAUGAUAUAAACGCUUUAAGAAAUUUUAUAGACAAUUCUAAAAAAUUGCUAGUCCUUACAGGAGCUGGCAUAUCAACAGAAUCAGGUAUACCAGAUUAUCGAUCUGAAGAUGUUGGUUUAUAUGCAAGAACAAAUCACAAGCCUAUUCAGUACCAAGAGUUUCUAAAAAAUGCUGCUUCUAGGAAAAGAUAUUGGGCCAGAAACUUUGUGGGAUGGGAUAAUUUUUCACAACGACAACCAAAUGUUAUUCAUUAUUCAAUUAGAAACCUGGAACAUGAUUUGAAGAAGGUAUCUAGUGUUGUUACUCAGAAUGUAGACAACUUACAUUACAAAGCUGGAAGUGAAAAAGUGAUAGAAUUGCAUGGAAGUGGCUAUAGAGUAAUAUGUUUAGGCUGUAAAGCUAACUACACUAGACAUGACAUCCAGCAAGAAUUAAGGAAACUAAAUCCACACAUGCCAGAAGCUACAACAAUGAUUAGGCCAGAUGGAGAUGUUGAUAUUCCACAGGAAGCCAUUGAUAUAUUUAAACAACCAAUCUGUGUUACCUGUAACGGAAUUUUAAAACCAGAUAUUGUAUUUUUUGGAGACAAUGUUCCUCUAGAACGAGUAAAAGCUGUGAAGGAAGCUGUUAAUAAUAGCGAUUCUGUGUUAGUCUUAGGAACUAGCUUGACAGUAUUUUCAAGUUACAGGAUUGUUUUACAGGCAGCCGAAGAAAAGAAAAAGAUAGCAAUUGUUAAUAUUGGUCAAACGAGAGGUGAUCACUUGGUGGAUUUAAAAAUAUCUGGUAGAUGUGGACAUAUUUUACCAAUGGUCUGUUAAUAAUUGAUUUAAAAAACAUUAUAAACUUGUACAGUAAGUGUUAAUAUGUAAUAUAA